GUUACUGCUGUCUUCUUGAAAUAUUUCAUAAAAUUGAAUAUUGAAUAUUGAAUAAUAAACAAUGUAAAAGGAGUGUUGUACUACUGCAAGAAACAUGUCUGUCACGUUCCAAUUAUAAAGCACAGUUUAAUUUGUUUAUUUCAGACAUGUCUUAUUUUUGCAAUAUUAUUUGUUCGUGAAAUGUUAAAUUGGUACUUUCUAUUAUUAAUAAUUUAUUUUGUUGGUUUUUCAUGAAAUUGAAGUAUUUAUAUACUAAAUAAAUAAGUCGAAAAUACGGUACAUUAGAGGUUGAUGGUUAAAAUAAUAAUAUUAGUUGUGACGUUGCUGUAAAAUUCCUGAAAAGAAUUGUGAAAAAUCUACAGCAAUAAAUAAGUUUCUAUUUUAAAAUAAGGAUCAGUUUGUCGAAUAGUUUGUCACAAUUUUAUGAAACAGUCAUCAAUAAUAAUCUCUCAUUCGUUAAGGCUGACCCUGUGGCUGAUCACUGUCGUCUGCGCCGCUGAACUAAUUGACCAAUUAGUGGGCAAACAUAACUAUAAACAAAAUACCAGAGCUGAUAGCAGCGAGAUCACCAACAUUAAGUGACACAAACAUUCAACCAAUCAUCAUCAUUUCGUGACACAAACGUUCAACCAAUCAUCAUCAUCUCGUGACACAAUCAUCAUCAUCUCGUGACACAAACGUUCAACCAAUCAACAACAACUAUCAAUCGCAAUGGCGAUGAGCAAACGACUCGACGUCAGCAACUCGCUCCCAGACGAUGGUGACGUUAUGAUGAAGAGCACUCCAUGUGCAGCGCCAUCUCACGAGCCGUGCAAUCCCUCCAGAAAGUUGUACCCCAAGGAGCACUCGAACUGGAAAUUUGACAUGGAGAAACAACACAUAGCCAUAAUUUUUCAUACCUUUGUGAGCAAUUGUAAUGGUGCAUUUUAUGGUUUUUCGCGUCAAUCGAUAGCGCUGCAUUUAUCGAUUGAUACUCGUGUUGUUAGCAACGUUUGUGGAUCGUUUGCGGCUGAGGUUGAUUGCGUUGUCUCAUUUGGAGGAACUGCUCAGCAGCAAAUGGUCGGUUUAAUGGUCAAAACUGGAUCGUCGAGGGCUGAAUUGAUAAAGAAGCACUUCCUGGCAGUCCGCUUCCUUGCGAACAUAGCUCCGAAACGGGAUAAGUACCAUUUAGAUUUCCACCGCUACGCUCAUACAAGCAUUCCAAACAGCAGCAGCAUUAACAUCAGCCGAAAGAACAUGACAUCACGUGAUGUCUGCUUGACCGGAAGUACGCCAUGUUUGCAGACGAUAAAGAAGACGGAAGAUUGAUAGUCAUCGUUGUUUGCGUAAAAGUUUCUGACGAUGACGAUGAUGACGAAAAUGAUGAUGGUGGUGGUGAUGAUGUUUUUGGGGGUUUUUGUCAUCAUAAUGAAGAUGACGAUGAUGAUGAAGGUAGUGGUCAUAAUGCACACGAGGACGAUAAUGAUGAUGUUGAUGAAUGAUGAUGUUGCUUAAUCGUCUGUACAUAAUUUUUGUGUGGCACAUUUUUCUACAUAUUUGUGUACAUAUUUUUAUCUGACAUUCACUUCACUCUAAUCAAAUAGCUACACAGUUGUUAAUAAAUUACAUUUUUAAACGUUUCAAAA